UGGAUGGCUUUGCAAAAAGGUGGAAAGACAAAAGGUACGGAAGAAUUAGAGCAAGGAACAUUCUUUGGCUUUUCAGCUAGUUUUUUGUUUGUUAUUAAAGGGGCCGAACGACUCUUUUCGAACAUUCUCGACCUCAUGGAGAGCAUAGAUCUUUCUGAUAAUAAUUUAUUUGGGGAGAUUCCUGACGAGAUUGGAGAUUUGUGGGCACUGCAAAACUUAAAUUUGUCGCGAAAUCAUUUAUCAGGAAAUAUCCCAGAGAAUAUCGGCAAAAUGAAGUCUUUGGAAUCUCUUGACCUUCGAAUGAACAAUCUUUCCGGCACUAUUCCACAAAGUCUCUCCGCAUUGACUUAUUUGAAUCACUUAAAUUUAUCAUACAAUAAUCUAUCAGGACCAAUUCCGACAGGAAAUCAACUGCAAACCCUUCCUGACCCGUCCAUUUACAUUGGCAAUCCAUAUCUUUGUGGACCACCGACUACUAAAAAUUGCUCUACAAAUGAAUCAGUUCACGAUUUAAGCGAAGGGACUGCAGAUAGAUUCGACAAGUUUGAAAGAUUAUGGCUCUCUGUCAGUGUGAUUUUGGGAUUUAUCACGGGAUUUUGGGCGAUUUGUGGUGCUUUGUUAAUCAGCAAAUCUUUCAGGUAUGGUUAUUUCAAUUUGAUUGAUACCAUGUAUGAUAGGCUUUAUGUUGCAGUCGCAUUAACUCACGCUAGGUUGAUGAGGAGGUGGGGAAAUUGA